UCUGUGGCCAGUAGUUUGCGGCAUCGGGAGGAGGAGCAGCAACAGCAGCAGUAGCAGCGGCGGCUGGGGAGGAGAGGAGACAGUCGAGCGGGUGCAAGACGGCAGCACCAGCUACCGUUUACUACAUCUGACUUUCCCAGGGAGGCACUGGCAUCCACUUCCCUAGCCUCUCGCCCGCCCAGGCGUGGUGUCCUCUACCGCUUUUCAGCUGAGCCGAUUCAUCUGAGAUCUGAAACCUCCCACUCCAAACCCAUUUCUUUCUGCUCUCUCAUACUCCACACUCACACUUCCCAUCCACACACUCACUCUUCCUCCCUUUCGUACAUCCACGCACAACCCGACACAGAUAGAGAGACCUCCCUAGCGCGCGAGCGCCGGGGAGGGAGGAAUCCCUAAGCAGGGCGGACAGCGCUUCUCCUGGAGGAUGGGAUCUAGACACUCCUGCAAGUAAACUUUGGAGGCGACAGAAAUCCUCGACCCUAGCAGCUGCCGAGGAGGACCCCAGCUUCUGAAGUAAGGAGGGUUUCUGCGGCGGCGGCGGCAGCGGCGGCGGCAGCGGCAGCGGUAGCGGCAGCAGCAGCAGCAGCUAAGGCUGAGGUCUUCGGGAACAACACCUCAGCCGGAACCUAGGGAGGGGAACAAGCCUUGGGUGCCUGCGACUGCAACUCCUGGCCGGUACAGUGUCGCUUCCCUUCUUUCACCUUCCUAUUCCCAACCCCCUCCUCCUUGGUGAUAGGAAAGAGCAGGACUUUGAUUUUCUUGGACAAUUUGCCAUCUUUCCGUUUUUGUAAACUUAAGUCGGAGACCUGGGCUGCGUUGGUAACUUUGACUUCCGAGAAAUAAUCGCCCGUAGACCCUCAGCCUCUCUGUAGGAGGAACCCUGAGCCCACCUCGGAUUCUGGGCAGACUUGUCCCCUACGCCCUCGGACGCUAACGUCAGAUCCAGAGAAAGAGCUCUCGCAUCUCCCCCUCCCCCUUCUUCUGUCAGCCCCGGGACAGCCCUCCAGCUCAGCCAAAUCCCUGGGAGCCCACAGAUCUUGCCAGCAACUCAGACUUCUGCCUGUGAUCCCCCUUUCUCCCCUCCAAGCCUCAAAGAGGCCAGAGUGCUCCCCGUCUCCCCCCCACCCCCGAGCCCGGAGGGUGCGUACCGGGUGGGAGCUCCCUCCGCAGUGAGCUCCGCGCGCUGUGGGGAGGCCCUUGCGCAUGCCAGGUGCACAGACUACGUGCUUGCCUUCCUCAGGGCCGGUGCGCUGCGGCGGGUCGGGCAGUGUCUGAAAGGCUGCAUCCACACAGCCUUCCGCGUCUGACCCCCAAGUAAGAUCCCGACUUGGCUGCUUUUGGCCAUCUGGGGCGUGCAGGCGCCCCUAGACCCGCAGCCCUGCCCCGCUGCGGCCAGUCGCGCCCGACUAACUUUGAAGGGGAAAAACUGAGUAGCAGGGGUGGAGGAAGGGGGCUCGGAGCCACGCGGUACUCCCUCGGCCCCUGGGAGCCCCCGGGUCCCCAGAGAGCCCGUGAGGAGUCCAUUGCAACCUCAGCAUUGGAGCCGGCGCGGGUUCAUCCCGCGCGUCGCGGGGCCACCCUGGGCAGGACUCCUCCCGCGGCCUCCGGGGCCACGGGGCGCGCGCAACAGGCGGCCCGAGCUGGCGGGAAGCUGGAGCACCGGAGGCGUAGGCUUCGGAGGGGUGUGGAGAGGCGAGGCCAGGCAGAGCCCCGCGCAGCCAUGGAGUCUCUCCUGCUGCCGGUGCUACUGCUGCUGGCCAUACUGUGGACUCAGGCAGCCGCCCUGAUUAACCUUAAAUACUCGGUGGAAGAGGAGCAGCGGGCAGGGACUGUGAUUGCUAAUGUGGCCAAGGACGCUCGGGAGGCGGGGUUCGCCCUGGAUCCCCGACAAGCUUCUGCGUUCCGCGUGGUAUCCAACUCAGCUCCGCACUUGGUGGACAUCAAUCCCAGCUCAGGCUUGUUGGUCACCAAACAGAAGAUCGACCGAGACCUGCUGUGCCGCCAGAACCCCAAGUGUAUCAUCUCUCUAGAGGUCAUGUCCAGCUCAAUGGAGAUCUGUGUGAUUAAGGUGGAGAUCAAGGACCUGAACGACAAUGCCCCCAGUUUUCCGGCAGCACAGAUUGAGCUGGAGAUCUCUGAGGCAGCCAGCCCUGGCACUCGAAUCCCACUCGACAGUGCUUAUGAUCCGGACUCAGGCAGUUUUGGUGUGCAGACCUAUGAGCUCACGCCCAAUGAGCUGUUUGGCCUGGAGAUAAAGACGAGGGGUGACGGUUCCCGCUUUGCUGAGCUAGUGGUGGAGAAGAGCCUGGACCGCGAGACACAGUCACACUACAGCUUUCGAAUCACAGCGCUCGAUGGAGGCGACCCACCACACUUGGGCACAGUUGGCCUCAGCAUCAAGGUGACUGACUCCAAUGACAACAACCCGGUGUUUGGUGAGUCCACCUACUCAGUGAGCGUGCCUGAGAACUCACCUCCCAAUACACCUGUCAUCCGCCUCAAUGCCAGUGAUCCAGAUGAGGGCACCAACGGCCAGGUGGUCUACUCCUUCUAUGGCUAUGUCAAUGACCGCACACGUGAACUCUUCCAAAUUGACCCACACAGCGGCCUGGUCACUGUCACCGGUGCACUCGACUAUGAAGAUGGCCAUGUGUAUGAACUGGAUGUGCAAGCCAAGGACCUGGGGCCCAACUCUAUCCCUGCACACUGCAAAGUCACCGUCAGCGUGCUGGACACUAAUGACAACCCACCAAUUAUCAACUUACUGUCGGUCAAUAGUGAGCUUGUGGAAGUGAGCGAGAGCGCUCCCCCAGGAUACGUGAUUGCCCUGGUUCGGGUGUCUGAUCGUGACUCGGGCCUCAAUGGACGUGUGCAGUGCCGCUUGCUGGGCAAUGUUCCCUUUAGGCUGCAGGAGUAUGAGAGUUUCUCCACUAUCCUUGUUGAUGGACGGCUGGAUCGCGAGCAGCAUGACCAGUACAAUCUUACGAUUCAGGCUAGAGACAGCGGUGUACCUAUGCUGCAAAGUGCAAAGUCUUUUACUGUGCGCAUCACUGAUGAGAAUGACAACCACCCACACUUCUCCAAGCCUUACUAUCAAGUCAUUGUACAGGAGAACAACACCCCUGGCGCCUAUCUGCUCUCUGUGUCAGCCCGUGACCCUGAUUUGGGUCUCAACGGCAGUGUCUCCUACCAAAUUGUGCCAUCACAGGUGCGAGAUAUGCCCGUCUUCACCUAUGUCUCCAUCAAUCCCAACUCUGGUGAUAUCUAUGCGCUAAGAUCCUUUAAUCACGAGCAGACCAAAGCAUUUGAAUUCAAGGUGCUGGCCAAAGAUGGCGGCUUGCCCUCCCUGCAAAGCAAUGCCACAGUGAGGGUCAUUAUCCUAGAUGUCAAUGACAAUACCCCAGUCAUCACUGCCCCACCUCUGAUCAAUGGCACUGCUGAGGUCUACAUUCCUCGAAAUUCCGGCAUAGGCUACUUGGUGACUGUAGUUAAGGCAGAUGAUUAUGAUGAGGGUGAAAAUGGCCGAGUCACCUAUGACAUGACAGAGGGUGACAGAGGUUUCUUCGAAAUAGACCAGAUCAAUGGAGAAGUCAGAACCACUCGCACCUUUAAUGAGAACUCCAAGGCUUCCUAUGAGCUUAUAGUGGUGGCCCAUGACCAUGGCAAGACAUCUCUUUCUGCCUCUGCCCUUAUCCUAAUAUACUUGUCCCCUGCUCUUGAUGCCCAAGAGUCAAUGGGCUCCGUGAACUUAUCCCUGAUUUUCAUUAUUGCUCUGGGCUCCAUUGCUGGCAUUCUCUUUGUCACUAUGAUCUUCGUGGCAAUCAAGUGCAAGCGUGACAACAAAGAGAUCCGGACCUACAACUGCAGAAUCGCUGAGUACUCCUAUGGGCAUCAAAAGAAAUCAAGUAAGAAGAAAAAAAUUAGUAAGAACGACAUCCGCCUUGUACCUCGGGAUGUGGAGGAGACAGACAAGAUGAAUGUUGUCAGUUGUUCCUCCCUUACUUCAUCCCUCAACUACUUCGACUACCACCAGCAGACACUGCCCCUGGGCUGCCGCCGCUCUGAGAGCACUUUCCUGAAUGUGGAGAGCCAGAAUACUGGAAACACCACUGCCAACCACAUCUACCAUCACUCCUUCAACAGCCAGGGUCCCCAGCAGCCAGAUCUGAUCAUCAGUGGUGUACCCCUGCCCGAGACUGAAAACUAUUCUUUUGACUCUAACUACGUGAACAGCCGUGCCCAUUUAAUCAAAAGCAGUUCCACCUUCAAGGACCUAGAGGGCAACAGCCUGAAGGAUAGUGGGCAUGAGGAGAGUGACCAGACUGACAGUGAGCAUGAUGUCCAGAGGAGCCUGUACUGUGAUACUGCUGUGAAUGAUGUGCUGAACACCAGCGUGACCUCCAUGGGAUCUCAGAUGCCUGACCAUGACCAGAAUGAAGGAUUUCACUGCAGGGAAGAAUGCAGGAUUCUUGGCCACUCUGAUAGAUGCUGGAUGCCCCGGAAUCCCAUGCCUACCCGCUCCAAGUCUCCCGAGCAUGUGAGGAACAUCAUUGCUCUGUCCAUUGAAGCUACCGCUGCUGAUGUUGAGGCUUAUGACGACUGUGGCCCCACCAAGCGGACUUUUGCAACCUUUGGAAAAGAUGUCAGUAGCCACCCGGCUGAGGAGCGGCCCAUCCUGAAAGGCAAGAGGACUGUCGAUGUGACCAUCUGCAGCCCCAAAGUCAACAGCGCUAUCCGGGAAGCAGGCAACGGCUGUGAAGCUAUUAGCCCUGUCACCUCCCCACUCCAUCUCAAGAGUCCUCUGCCCACCAAGCCUUCCAUGUCUUACACCGUCGCCCUGGCUCCUCCAGCUCAUGAUUUGGAGCACCAUGCCAACAACGGCGCUUCUCGUCCUUCUGAAGCUGAGCCCCGUGGAGCUGACAGCGAGAAAGUCAUGCACGAGGUCAACCCAAUUCUAAAAGAAGGUCGUGACAAGGAAUCUCCUGGCAUGAAGCGUCUGAAAGAUAUUGUUCUGUAAACCCGUCUGGGGAAGAAGAGAGAAGCAACCACAUUGGCUAGUGAAGAUGGAACAGCUGCUCGUUUUAAUUGCUCACCAAUGGUUGGUUCUUGAGUGGCUGCAUUGCAGAGCUUUCCCUAAAUGUAUAGUGUAUAAGUGACUAUCAUUCUGUGACAAUCCCUCUUGUUUCAACAGGCAGCAGGGGUGUUCAGUUGGAGCAAAUUAGCUUUGGCUUGAGUUGUUCAUGGGGCCUUGAUGUUGGGAAACAGAGGCAAAUUCAGUUGUGAAAAAGUAUUAUGUAUUAAGUGUUUGAAUUUAUAUAUUUUUAUAUGUCAAAAUGAUAAUAUAAAUUACCAUUGUUUGUGAAGAAUUACGUUUAAAAAAAAGAAAAAGAAAAAAAAAAGCUCUGGACACCUUUAAUAAGUUCACCACUGUUUUUGUAGUGUAGACAAGUUAUUGGUCAUUUAUUGUGUACUAUUCAUUGAUUCAGUGAUGUGAAAUCGAGCCCCCAAAAGGUUGUUCCUGAAGCUAGAGUACUUUCCAAUGCCGCUACUUUGUUGUGGACACCCCUGCUUUAAGAACCCUUUUGCUAGCUGUGCUGUUGUUGUAUUUGAUAUUGCAAAUUGCUAUGUGUGUGGUGAUGGCAAAAGGCUUUUAAAGGUUGAUGUUUUCUUUUCUAAAAAAAUAAUAAAAAUACAGAUAAAAACAAAAUACAAACAAUAGAGACAGCAAAUGAAUGAGCAACACCACACCUAGAGGUUGAGUACUUGGUGGAUACUCAAUUUUUUUAAUUCAUGUAGUGAUUGCUCACCACCUUGCAGAGGAUUUCCUCUGCCUAUCAGUCUUCUGCCUGGGUCUGUGCUAGAUCAUUAUAGAACGUCAUUUUUGGGUAUGCUGCUAUCUAAUUUGCAGUUGUCAGAAAUACUGUGCUGAAAAUUUUCUGAGAUUCAUUAUUUUUUUUUUUUUUUCUAAUUUUCAGGCCCUCAAUAGGAAAGUUACUCCUGAAGUUUUCAGUUUUCAGGCUGAGAAUUUCCCUGUCUCCCAAUCAUCUAAAACUCAUGCAACAUGAGUGAGUCUAUUUUGAGAUCUAAAUUACCAUCUCUUUAGACACAUACUUUCUGAUUCAGUGUUUUCCCAAUCAUGAUUGAAAUUAGAUGGUAAAGUGCAUCAUGGGCUGUAAUCUUGGGCUCCAUAUUGCACUUUAUCUUAGGCUUAUAAAUAACGAUACAGUAAGCAGGAUGAAGAGUACAAAUAGGAAAAGACAGGUAAUAACUUCACUAAUCUGAUUACUGUGCCUUCUACAUGGAGACACUCAGACACUUGAACUCGUCUUUUUAUGACUAAUACUUUUUGAUUAAAAUGUGAACAAGAAAUUAUUAAAACAAAAAUCCUUUAGAUUUAGCUAACUCUUCUUUGCUGUAGGCUAGGAAUAUGCCUUUUAAAACUAAUAACAAACUGCCCAUUAUUUUGUUAUUAUUUUUUAUAUUGCACAAAUGCCCCGAUUUUAUCAUCUGUCUAUUAAUAUUCACUAGCCAACAUAGUAUUCUUGCAGCUUAAGAGUUCAUUAUUUAAAAUAAACUAAAGAGACAUACCACCUUUGCUCUACCUUUGUCUUAAAAUCAUUGCUCUAAAAUCAAAACAAAACAAAACAAGCUUUUAGUUCUCUCUUUUUUGUAAUUCAAGAACAUGCAGAAAGAAUGGCUAGAAGUUAGGGCACUAGAAUUCAUAAAAGAAUUUAUUUUCUUAAGUUUAGUAGAUACAGUCAUCUCUUUGAAAUGUUUUCAUUAUUUUGAUCUAAUUUCCUAGCUUUAUACGUUACUAGGAAUACUUUCUUUUGUGGAAGUUGGGAGGGCUUUAAGGGAAGAGAUAGGUAAUGCACUGGGCAUGGGGUUAGGUAGGGGAGAAGAUUUCUGGAAAAAAAGGACAUCUAUAAUGAAGCUACAAAUCCAUCCUUUAUUUCCUAUUUUGUGCUGACUACUACCUCAUGCAAAAUAUUGGUGUGGCUGCAAAUUUCCCCAUUAUAUUGACACAGUUAGAGAUCAAUUACUCUUACAUCUUCUUGCCUCAUUUAAUUUUCUUUGAUUUAUUUUUUUCGAUUCUAAUUUAUUUCAUUUUAGUGUAGUAGAUUAUGAAUUAGUUAUUUAUUUUUUGUUCCAAGUGACUAUUUAAUUAACACAUUGAACUUUUUACCAGUGUCCUUUAAGUUAAGAUGAUGGCCUAUAGAAUUUAGACUGCUCUUCAUCAUGAUCCAUCUGAUAUUAUCCUGUUAGCUAGUGCCUCAAGGUCACUGUGUAGUCAGAUUAGACAGUUUUCUACAGGUUUAUUUCUUACACUGCUCAGUGGGAACUAGGGAGUUUGAAAGAUUGUCGAAAAUGGAAAUGGAAUGCUGGAAUGUAGUAUGGCCACUGCCAGCCAAUUAAAAGCAGAGUAGCAGUGGCAUUGAUUUUUUUUUAUUUUUUUUAAUAUAGAAAAGUAACUAAAAUCUGUCCCCAGAAUUUACUUCCAGCUUUAGAUUCAUCUUUUUACCCAUCUAAAAACAUUGUUCUCAGUGGGCAGUCAGAUUAUUAUUAUUUUUUAAUUUUUGUUUUCCAAACUCUUUACUGAGUAAGUUCAGAGAUUUUUUUGAAAUAUAUUUCCACUUCCAGUUGUCUAGUGGAAGUGCAAGUGCAUCCUAGGAGGGCUUUGUAAGGAUGUUCUACAGGCAUAUUUUGGUUGCAAAUAGGACUUUUGUGCAAUGAUCUUAAAUUUCCCAUCAACUUGGAAUUUUACCCCACCCGUUUUUAACUUGUGAUAAAAAGCUACCACGGCCAGCAGGGCAAAUAUUUUUUUUUCCUUUUUUUUUUCUGUAAACAUAUUACACAUUUAAACAUGUGGGCACAAUUUUAGUUUCCAAGUCCUACAUAAUUCUAUCCCACUUUUCUGAUGUCCUUGGGUUAUGAAAUGUGACAUGCUUAAAAAUUUCCUGGCCAGGUAAACUUCUUUAUUUAGCAUAAGGAAUCUAGUUUGCAUUGUUUGAUUGCUUUCUUCCAAAUAUAGGAACAUGCUAUUCAAUAAGAAAUAUGAAGAAGUGAUCCAUAAUGCCCUGUGGAAACUUUUCUUUUUCCUAUGCAUCCUAGUAAAUGAACCUGUUCUGAAAGAAACUUAUUAUUUCAUUGAUCCUCUGAAGCCAGUUAAAAAAAAAAUGAGGGUCUAUUUUGAUACCGAAUAGAUAGUGGGCUAUGGAAUCCAGCAGUUCUUGCAGAACAGUGAUUCAAAAUACUGUCUCAAAGCAACAUCACUUAGGAACUUGAUAGAAAGGACAAUUCUCUAUCCCUGCCUAGAAUAACUGCUUAAGAAAUACUGAGGAUCUGGCUUAGAAAUCCAUGAGUCAGAGGCCCACUCAAGUUUGAGGGCUUGUUAAAGCACAGGUUUGUAAAGCCUAAUCCUUAGAGAUUUUUAUUCAGUUGUUUUGGGAUACGAUCUCCUUUCGUAUACAUAGAUAGAUGCCUAGGAGACACUGAGGAGACAAUGUUGCCGAGGAAACUUGCCCUAUAGAUCUAAGGUGGCCAUUUAUACUGUUUUGUUGACAUGGUGAGAAACUGAUUACUAAGGAAAGAUGUAAUUCUAAACUCUGAAACUAGAAACUACUCAGAGUACCUUUCAGAUCCUGUCAUGUCAUCAGCAUAUGGCUAUUAAAGGGGAAUUCAGAUAUCUUUUCCUUCUACUUAUACCAUAUCACAAACACAAGUGGUCCACUUGAAGUAGCAAAGACAAACGGCACUUUGGGGAGAGGCAGGGAUGAAAGGGAUAGCUUUUUUGGGCAUCCAAGGUGGAUAAAGGAUUAUUAAUGUACAUAAUCCACUUAAUGGGGAUCAUUUUGAUGUCAAAUGUUCCCCCAAGGCACUCUCGACAAGUCUGGUCCACUUGGCUCUUUUCACAGGGUAAUAACACCCUUCUGACUUUGAAAAACUGGCAUAAAUGAGCUGAAGAAGUCCAUUGUACACAGUCCUAGUGUUUGCCUUCUUGGUAAAAUUACAUUUUAAGGAUGUCAUGUCAUGAGUCAAAUUGUAUCUGCUAACACUAAAGUGUAUUGAGAUGUUGUUCUUUAGUUUAAGUGUGUAUCAAAGUAAUAUUCAAAGGGGAUGUAUGGGGCGGGACUGGGACUGGGUGGCUUUAUACUGAUAAAUACUGAAAUAUUCCUGAGCAAAACACAUUGUCCUAAUGAAGUUGUUGCAGCUCUCUUUGUUUUCUUGUGAAGCUGGAAUUGACCUGUGGGUCACUUGUUGUGCAAAAAUGAAUUAAUUUCAAAUAGGAAUCACAUUGCUUUUGUAAAACAAAGAAAAUCAGCCACCUUGUCUGAAGCAUAUAUUGUAAGGCGCUCUUGGUAAAGAACAACUCAGAAACACCUGACCUUGAUUGGAAAGCGUUGUAGGUCAUUAGGGAAAUCUGAUGAUGCUGACUGUUGCUCCAGCUGUGUUGGCAAUUAAAGAUGACCUUGUUACUAACUGAGUGUUGUUGUCAACCUUAGCAAAGAAAUCAGCUUACACCUUUACAGCACCAGUUAAGUAAAUGCUUAUUGGCACUGGUUGGCAUUCAGCUGAGGAAGACUAAGAUAUAGACUAAUGACCAAGAGCCAGACUAGGUCUAGACUAAUGACCAAGAGCCAGACUAGGUCUAGCUAGAAAUUCAGCAACAAAUACCUCCUUGUGGAAUUUGAAUGCUAAGGUAUUAGUUGAAAAAGGCUUACGCCUUCGCUCCUCAAGUGAGGGGAAUGAGCCUGAUGACAUUAUUACUGUUUACCUGUCAAACCAGGGUGGCAAUUUAGAAGGAUGCAAGUACAGUAUGUUUCAUUAAGCAGUCUCUGUUGCUGAUUAUAUGAAGAUAAAAUGGUUGUAUAUGCUGAUAUGUAUGUUAUGUACAUUUUCACAGUGAUUGAAUCAUUGUAAAAACAAAAACGACAAAAAAGAAUCACCACUCUGUCUAUUUUAUGAAGAUGAUAAAGCAGCUUUAUUAAAUUAUUACAGUUCUGUUUUAAAUGGUGUUACCUGCCACAUUGUUUCUCUUUAUCUGGUGGUUCUGUUUCCCUCUUAAAUGUGUUUGCUUCAAAAAUUUAUUGCAUUUUAGUAUUAAAGGCUAUUAUGGAAAAAUUA